CCUUUAGCACGGAAGGGAAGGGAUGUCCCUUUCUCUAGGACCCGUGCGUGAUCGCUCCCCUCUGAACGAACCGCCGGAUCUGAUGCCAAUUACUCUCUAGUUGGAGCGCUUUAAAGAUGUUGUGCCCGUGACACCAACACCGUAUGUGACCCGCCCUCCGGAGCGAAAAGGGAAUUUUUCAACACAUGUGGCAUCUUUUUGUCGCUUUCCAGUCUGCCCCCUGGUUGGUGAUCGGUGGCUUUUAACCAGAUAUAGCAAUUGCAGGGGGGGUCUGAAGCCCACUGGCAUGCAAUGGACCAGUGCCCGAGCCACGGGAAUCGCGACUUCAUUUUUCCCAGUUGGGAAGGAAAUGAUCUCGAGCAGAUCCCUGCAGCCAGGCUGCUCUGCUGCAGGAGUUUAGAUCCGUGCUCGCUUUUCCUCCCUUGCUGAACCGUGUCACAGCACGCUUUCUUCUGCCCCAGAGAAAGUGAAGGCGAACCCUUUUCUAAAAAAACAAAAAUACUGCUUCUUUCAAACGACGGGGAACGAGAAGUUCCCUUGCUUGGAAAGUCAGCAAAAAAAAAACAACAAAAAAAAAACCCGCAUCUGAGCGUAGGGAAGCACUUGACAUGGGUGAACUUAUCUUGAAUGUAGUUGGUCUGCCUGGCCUGCAACUUACCGCUAAUUUCUGGGCAUAACUGGAGGCGACCCGAGCCCGCUCAGGCAGGACUCACGGAAAGUCUCCCCGGGCAGGAGCGGGGACAGGGGCUGCCUUUUAAAUACCCUGCGUGCCCAGCUCGGCUUUUCUCCCCUUAAUUUUGCCUAUGACUGGAAAACGCAUUAAUACAAAUCUGUGGGAAGAGACGGAAAGUCAGUGACUCAGGCUAGUUUGCUGCAGCCAAAAAAAAAAAUCAAAAAAAAAAAUUGCCAAAUACAUGUGAAACGAGACGUGGGGAUGAGCCCGGGUGCGUGGCAGCCCCUGCCCUCGCCCCCCGAGACCUGCCCGAAAGAACCAGCUAUUGUUCUGGUCCUCUCUUAUCUGCAGGGAGCAAAUAUCCUGUGUGUGAAAUGCAGAUAUAUUUUGAUCAAGAAGGCAGGACCGGCGGAGAGACAGAAGGUUUCCUCCUCGAGUGACUUCACUUCCCAAAAUUAGCAGAAAAAAAACUUUCAUCCGGUUAACUGUCUCCCCUUCGCUGGGCUGCAACGCGCACAAGUAGAAAGGGCGAGAGAGGCAGAGAAAGGAAAAGUGAAGGCAGGGGAAGGGGGCAGAGAAGUGAACGAGAGGGCAGGGGCAGCACUUCGAGGGGUCGGUCCCAGCCUAAGCCGGGUCAAUGUGUGGAAUAUUGGCGGGGGCGGCCGGAGAUUGUUCCCAAUGGACGGAACUAUUAAGGAGGCUCUGUCGGUGGUGAGUGACGACCAAUCCCUCUUUGACUCCACGUACGGUGCUGCUGCUCACCUCCCCAAGGCGGACAUGACAGCCUCAGGGAACCCUGACUAUGGCCAGCCGCACAAAAUCAACCCUUUACCUCCCCAGCAGGAGUGGAUCAAUCAGCCAGUCCGGGUCAACGUCAAGAGGGAGUAUGAUCACAUGAAUGGAUCCAGGGAGUCCCCAGUAGAUUGUAGCGUUAACAAAUGCAGCAAGCUGGUGGGCACUGGGACAGAGUCCAACCCGAUGAGUUACAGCACCUACAUGGAUGAAAAGAACGGCCCUCCCCCUAACAUGACCACCAAUGAGAGGAGAGUCAUCGUCCCAGCAGAUCCCACCUUGUGGACCCAGGAACACGUGCGCCAGUGGCUAGAAUGGGCUAUUAAGGAGUAUGGAUUACUGGAGAUAGACACAUCCCUCUUCCAGAACAUGGACGGCAAGGAACUGUGCAAAAUGAACAAGGAGGAUUUCCUCCGAACAACCUCCCAGUACAACACAGAAGUCCUGUUGUCUCACCUCAGUUACCUCAGGGAAAGUAGCUCAUUGCUGGUCUACAACACUCCAGCCCACACAGAGGCCUCCUCUCGGCUUACCACCAAAGAAGAGCCUUCCUAUGAUGCAGUCAGGAGAACAGGAUGGGGCAAUAACAUGAACUCCGGCCUCACCAAAAGCCCUCCUGUUGCAGGGACACAAAAUGUGAAUAAGACAGAGCAACAACGACCCCAACCAGAUCCCUAUCAAAUUCUGGGACCUACUAGCAGCCGUCUUGCCAACCCAGGGAGCGGGCAGAUCCAGCUGUGGCAAUUUCUCCUUGAGUUGCUGUCAGACAGUUCCAAUGCCAACUGCAUCACGUGGGAGGGGACCAACGGGGAAUUCAAGAUGACUGAUCCUGAUGAGGUGGCUAGGCGCUGGGGAGAACGCAAGAGCAAGCCCAACAUGAAUUACGACAAGCUGAGCCGAGCCCUCCGAUACUACUAUGACAAGAACAUUAUGACCAAAGUGCAUGGCAAAAGAUAUGCCUACAAAUUUGACUUUCAUGGCAUUGCCCAGGCUCUUCAGCCUCACCCAACUGAGUCUUCAAUGUACAAGUAUCCAGCAGAUAUCUCCUAUAUGCCCUCUUACCAUGCCCACCAACAGAAGGUGAACUUUGCGCCCCCACACCCUUCCUCUAUGCCUGUCACAUCAUCCACUUUCUUUGGAGCAGCAUCAACGUAUUGGACCUCCCCUACAGGAAGCAUCUACCCAAACCCCAGUGUCCCACGCCAUCCUAACACCCAUGUACCAUCGCACUUGGGCAGCUACUACUAGAUGCUAUCACCAUCAGUGGCCUUUUAUCAGUCUGGUUGGAUGCUCUCUUUACUUCUGGGAUUUUUUUUCUUUGGAGCUUUGAUGAACAUUGUGGCCUUUGUUGUGGAAAAAAAUGAAACUGGAUAUCGAUUAUUCCUGGAUCAUCCUUGGUUUUUUUUUUUGUAACUUUGCCUCUUCUGUUUUGAACUGAGAGAUGGACACAUCUUUGGGCCAGUACUCUGCAUUGUGUUUUGGUUACAAGUCUUACAUCCUCUGCAGAAAUUCACUAUGGAGAUUGCUUACCACACCCUGGAAUGAGUAGUAGCAUUUUCCUUUUUUUUUUUUUUUGCAAGAGAAAAAAUCUUUAGCAAGCCAAAGCUCUUAACAAGACAAAGAUCCAGCUGUGGGUCUUAGCAGAAUAAUAUGUUUAUCACAGAUUUAUGACCAAGUGGGGGUUUUUUUCUGGUUUUGGGGGAGGGUAGAAGAUUUGAAUGGUAUGUUGUAAAGACCUGGCAUUGCAGGGGACAGCAACUGGAAUCUUAGCUUUAAGGCCAAUGAGGUUUUUCACCCAACUGGAAAUUUUAUAAAAUAUAUAUUCAUAUAUAUAUGUGUGUGUGCGUGUGUGUGUGCGCGUGUAUAUUUUAAGAAGUAAAGGGCAUUGAAGGAUCUGUUCUAGGGUGUACAACUUGUCUUGAACUGUGUAUUAAUGCCAGAAACAUAUGAGACAGAACAAAAGAAGCAGCAACCUAAUGUCAGGCACAGACAUUCCUUGCAAGCAAAAAUGAAAUAAAGUCAGUGACAGCAGGUCCUAGAGCUCUGCCAAAGUUUUAGGAAUCGCUAAAUGCUAUCGAUUCGCGAACGCUGUGCGUUUGUCAGACCAUCAUCCAAAGGGUCAACAGAUCAGAAGGCAACUUACUGUAUAAAUUAUGCAGAGUUAUUUUUUUCCCUAUAUCUCGCAGUAUUAAAAGAAAGAUAAAAUAAAACGAGUUGACCUCGGUCACAAAUGCAGGGUUUUUUUUUACUAUCAGAUCAGUUGUUUGUGUGGGUUUUUUAAUGUAAUUUGUACAUCUUUUCAAUCUGUACAUUUGGGCUGUAGCUUUGUACUUUUUGCUAAAAAAAAAAAUAAAAAUCUUAAAAAGAAGACAUGCAUAAUGUAUAUGUUGGGAACAGUGCUCUGAUCCUGUGGCUAGAGACAUGAAGACUGAUUCCUGUGCUACUGUGGAGCACCUCAGACCUCUCUGGGUAUGCCUGGAGCACAGAUAUUGUUCCAGUUUGGAUUGAGUUAACUGUUAGUUAACUCAAGUUAAUACUUCCAAGUUAAAGCUGUAUGAAUGCUACGGAACAUUUCUAACACAAUUUUUCACCAAAAUUUAGAAUUUUUUGAAACUUUCGGAAUGCUUGAUAAGAGAAAAUCAGCGCACAAUUUUCACAAAAAUAAUUGAGCAAACUUUUGCCAAAUAUUUGCAUCAAAAUUUGAAGCACUUGUAAUUUUUCAACCAUCUCUAAUUUGCAAAUGCUAGGCUAGACAUUCCACAAAUGUUUGCUUCGGGAUAUAAACAAGAGAGUAAACCACAGACAUCUGAGUCUUGAAGCAGAUGUUUAUAGACGACUUAAACUUGCAUUUUCAAACUGUUAGCUAACUUGUAUUAACAUUCAAUCAGGAGGAGCACAAAUAUCUAGUCUUGACAUUCCCUCUGAGGCUCUGUGUGGAUAUAAGAUUUAGUUCAUUUGAUUUCAGGAUCAGAGCCUUAAAACAGAACAUUAUAGUCCGGUCAUAACUUUAAGCAGAAGCACUGAUGCCGUUAUUUAAAAAGGGGGAAAAUUAGAUCAAGACAAUUGGUUUAGCUUCUCAUAGUGCUUUGGGGGUGUUUAUAGGUAACAUUACUGCAAUAAUCACAAAAAAACAAAAAUUAUUAAAAAAAAUUACCCAUGGAAAGGGGGCUUUUGCUACUAUAUAUAUGCAAUGUAUUUUUGGAUAUUAAAAUAUAUAUAAUUUUGCAAGUAAUCUUUGUGUUUUCUAAAAAAUGUACUAAGUGUUACGCUGCCAUCUGUUGUAUGAAGAUUAUUGUGUAAAAAAAAUGUGAUGAAAUAAAUGGUUUUCUGCUCUAA